GAGGGAGCUUUCAUAAUCAAACUCGAACAAGGAUGGAAACACGGAGCACCUCUCCGUGCUUUUCAACCAAUUGGAUCGUUGAGCAUGGAUCUCUUGAGAAUAAUCUCACUUUUGAGUCUUCCUCUUUUCCAAUCGAUGAAGCUACUGAAGCUAGUCCGAAAGAUUAUUUGCUAUUGAAGCCUGCUUCACCGGAUUCGGGACCUUGCGAAAUCAAGAUUAGUUUCGGCCAAAAACAUGAAAUCCGGCAGGUCUAUGUGAGGAGUACUGCUCGAGUAUAUGAGAUAUACUAUGCGCCCUACCUGCAGAGUGGUGAUGAAUAUCUCUGCACUGUACGUUGUGGCAUUGUCACUAAGGAGGAUGAAAGUUGCCAUGCCAGUGAAAAUGGGGAAGCUAUAAUCGCAAAGCCAAUGGGUUCUACUGAAAAGCUUAUUGAAGAGAAGGCUAAGAGUGAAGUUACUAAUAGCUCCAAUGAAGAUGAUUGGGUAGACGUGAAGGUACCGGAUUGUCCCUCACUUGAUGGCAAAACCAAUUUUCAGUCAAAAGGAACAGGACACUUGGGAAGAACCAUUCAGGAUAUGUAUGAGGCUACAGCAGAGAUUAGUGAUGGAAGCCCUUGCAUAUCCAUUACACUGCGCUUGCUCUCACUUCAGACCAAGGGAUCUGUCCAUGUGGAGGAGAUCUAUGUAUUUGCUGAUCCUGUUGAAUCCACUGAUUCAGACCAAGCGGUGGGGCCAGUGGACGAUUCGACCAGAAGUUCUUUAGUGGCUAUGCUUGUUCCUACUCUUCUGCAACUGUCUAAAAGUGGGAGUGGCAAAAUGCAGGAUAGGCGUGUCUCUGAUAUCAGGGAUGGUGUGCUGAAGACAACGGAGUUAAGCAGUGGUUCAAUAGGGAAUACAGUACAACAGGGAGAGAAGUCCAGCAGUGCUGCUCAAUUAGAAAUGAAGAUUCAAGAAGUGACCCAGGCCAAUGCAGAAUCCAUGAAGUCAAAUUCCAGCAUGGGUGGUCAGCAGGAGGUGAAAAUACAGGAAGAUAUCCAUUUCACACAGUUAGAGUCUGGGACUCAGGUGCUGGGUACGGGGCAGAAAUAUGAUUCUGUCACUGUAGAAAAUGGUUCAACUUGCAGCCGUCUCGAUAGAGUCUUGGAUCAGCUGGUUUGCCGAAUCGAGAGAUUAGAAAUGGUGUGUUCAAGAUUCGAAGAAAACAUGCUGAAGCCCCUUGCUGGAAUUGAAACGAGACUUGGGCGACUGGAGCAGCAACUGGAGGUAUUUACAAUGAGAUCCCAGCCGUCUAGAUUAUACUCAUGCACAAGGAUUGCCGCUCCUGAAUUUUCAUGCACUGAAUCCGAGUCCAACUCCUUUUAUAAUGAUGGACAUGAAAACCGAGGUAGUGAGGGACUGGAAAUAGCUAAGGACGAUAGUCAUUUUGAUAAACCAUCGUCUGCCACAGAUGUUGCACCUGUUUCAGUGGAUGUAUCUCAGUUCCCAGGUCUGGUAAUUACUGCACCGGAAUUUUCAAAUGCUGAUGAUGAAGAGGAUGAUGGUGAUAAUCUCUGUGAUGGUAAGAACAGUAAUGAGGAUUUUGAGUCUGCAAGGAAGGAUCUCCCCAUAAAUAAACGGGUUAUUUCCAUUGAUGAUGCUUUAGCUUCAGCACUUUCGGGGUUCUUAUCUUCAGCCGCAGUUCAACCUCCACAAUAUACCCAGACUUUGGUCAUCAAGGCUCCUGAUUUUACUAAUGAAGAGGAUGGGAAUGAUGAAAAAUUGGAGUCCCCGGUCAUUUCAUGUGAAAGAGGUGCAGAUCCUGCUUUCUUUGUUGGCGAAGAAAUUGGAAUAGAGGAUGUGAAAGAUUCAGCUUCUCCCUGCAUCACCAAGACAACAGCCGAAGGACCUCUCGGACAAGAUGAGCCAUAUGAAGAUGGGACAGAAAGUAACAUUACUAUUGUUGGAAAUGGGCUUGACACACAAACAAAAAGUGGAGAUGAAAGCAGAAGAGGGAAGUCUGGAGAAGGUUGUCCAACAGACCAGCUUCACAAGCAAGGGUAUGAAGACCAUGACCCCUUACUUAAUUUUACUUUCCUUGGUGACCAGUCUCCCACAAAUCAGACUGAUGAUGGCUCAAUACAUAUUGUGGAAGGGGCCGAUGCUAAGAACAACCUUUUCAUAGAACACAAUGAUGAUCAAAGUCUUGAUUCUACUACUGAAGGAGCCAUUCCGUGCAUGGAUUCAAUCACUGUUAGAGAGGUCCAAGGUGCAGAAUUAAGCAAUAGUGUGUUGCAGAACAUUCUUGAUCAUACAUAUAUUCCAGUAGAUUUCAACCUUCCACUCUUGGAAGUAGAAUUUAUUCCACUAGUAAACUGGAAUGCUAGGUCCCCUCUUGAAGCCCUUCUAAAUGACACACCAGCAACCGAAGCAGAAGUUUCUUGUGUCAGAGAUGAAGAUAUUGAAGUGACAGAACUUCCUCCUGACAUUCCAGAUGAUUUUAUAGUGAAAGAUGUUCCUUCAAACACGGAAGAUGAAGUACCACUAACAUGCAGCGAUAAGGAGCUGCCAUUCACAAGCCUCAUAUAAGGAUGGAAAUUGGUUUCCAGUAGUGUUUUGUAAUUAAGGAUAGAAGAUACCAAUGACCAUUUUAAUUAUGGGUUCUAAUUUUCUGUUAACGUAACUGAAAAACCUUACAGAUGUGUAUAUAAAUGUUCAAGGCUGUUUCUU